AUGUUAUCCGGGCCACCCAGCAAGAUCGCCGUCGCCCUGUUUUCAGGCUUCCAAGCUCUCGACGUUUUUGGGCCUCUGGACGCACUCAACAUUCUCUCAUACACCAACCCCUUAGAAUUAUAUUUACUCUCUACGACCUUGGAUCCAGUCUCUACCAUCCCCAUGAAAGAUGCUCCAAAGGAUAUAGAAGUUCUUCUCGUGCCAGGAGGUCGGGGAACCCGUGACCUUGAGCUCACACAGCCCGUCGUGGAUUUCAUUGAGGCAACGUUUCCGAGCCUCCGCUUUCUCCUUACUGUCUGUACGGGGAGCGCCCUUGCAGCUCGGGCUGGUGUUCUCGACGGGAAGAAUGCCACCUCCAACAAGCUGUCUUUCGAAUGGGUCAUGACGCAAGGUCAUAACGUGAAGUGGGUUCGCCAUGCGCGAUGGGUACAAGACGGCAACAUUUUGACCUCUUCCGGUGUAUCAGCUGGUAUUGACAUGAUUUACGCCUUUAUUGCUGGUCAGUAUGGCGAAGAGGCCGCCUCGAAAGUUGCAACCGUGUCAGAGUAUACUAGAAACACCGACUCUACGAAUGACCCGUUCGACAAGGCUGCCUAA